UACAAAAAAGAAUAUAUAGGAAGAAAAAAAAAUCAUCUAUUCAAAGUGAAAAUAUUAAAAUUUAAAACAAAAAACAAUAAGAAAAUAAAAUCAAAUAAAUAAAAGAUAACAAGGAUACAAGGAUAACAAGCACACAAAUAUAAACAAAUAACAAACAAAAAAAUAUUAAAAUUAUUAAAAAUAAAUAGAAAAUAUAAUAUUGAAAUAUAUUAAUAAUAAUAAGUUUUUAAUAAUAGUUAUAAAAAAAAAUAAUAAAGUAGGAAAUAAAUAAUAUAGAAAACAAAAAUCAUAACAAAUAAUAGCAAAAAAACAAAAAAAAUUUAGGAAAUAAAAAUUUUUAAAUGAAUUAUUAUAAAAUAAUUUCAAAAACCUGAUGAUGGAUCGUGCAAUUUUAUUUAUUGGAUUAAUUGCAAUUGCAUUUUGUGGUUCUGUUAGCGGUGGUAUUGAUAAAACAAUAAAACAACAAAAAGGACGAACUGUUGUUUUAGAAUGUCCAAUCGAUGGUGAAGCAUGCGGUGAUUUACAUUCAUUGAAUUGGUUCAAGGGUGAUACAAGAAUUGCUGUUAUAUUAGGUGGUGUUAAUGUAUCCAGUGUUAUACCAGAGUAUAGUGAAAGAGUAAAACUUGAAGAAUCACCAUAUCGCCUUACAUUGAAUGAUCUUCGUAUUAGUGAUGAGGAUGUUUAUAUAUGUGAUACAACAUUUUAUAUACCACAAGAAUCUUGUGAUGCGACAAGAGGAUAUCGCACUGAAGUCAUUGUUUUAGAACAUCCGCCCCCAGUACCACCAUCAGAUAUAUUAGUGUUAGAUGAAAAAAAUGAUAAAAUAACAAAUGGAUCAAUAAUUGGUCCUGUAGAGGAAGGCAAAACAUUAACAGCAAUAUGUAAAGUAGAGAAAACAAGACCGCAACCAUCAAUGGCAUGGUAUAGAGGCAAUAAAAGGCUUACAACACAUUCACCAAGUUACGAUGAAGAUGAAGAUGGUCUAUUUACAGCCACUUUAGAAUUAUCACUUGUUUUGUCCCGUCAGGAUUUAGAUAAUGAUAUUGAAUGUCGUGUUGAGUCAGCUGCUCUCGAUGAUAUUUAUAAAAGUUUAAUAAAAUUGGACUUACAAGUUCGUCCAACUGGUAUUCAAUUAGAAGGAGUAGGACAUCAUACAACACAAGGUACCUUAACAACAUUAAGCUGUAAGGUUGCAGGAGCUCGUCCAUCAGCAAAUAUAUCAUGGACGAAUGGAACUGAAAUUAUCGAUCCAAAUGAAAAUGGUGAUGGUGUCGAUAUUAGAUUAUAUCAUCAAUUACAAAAAGAUGGAACAUAUGAUACUGAAAGUCAGUUAAUAUUUACAGCAUCACGUUUCGAAAAUGAUAUAACAUUUGGUUGUCAUGCAACAAAUAUUGUUAUAAAACGUAAUAAUGAGAAACCGAUACAUGCUGAAAUUCCAUUAGAAGUUUUAUAUCCACCAGUAGUUGAAGUCUUAGAAGAUGAUAUUACUGUAAAUGAACAUAAAAAGACAACAUUAACAUGUGAAUUUAUAGCAAAUCCAGCAUCAUUAACUGGUGUUAGAUGGUACAAAAAUGGUGAACCAAUUAAAAUAAAUAAGAGUGGUCAUUAUGAAGGUGGUAGUCCAGAUCAUGUACCAUUAACAAUAUUAAAUGCACAUCGUGAUGAUCGAGGAAAUUAUACAUGUGAAUUAACAAAUUCAAUUGGUAGUGGAAAUUCUACAGUACAAAUUCAAUUAGACGUUCUUUAUGUUCCAUCAGUUGAAGUAAUUAUGUUACCAAAGGGUCCAGUUAAAGAGAAUGAUGAAGUUAAUGUAACAUUAUUAUGUAAUAUUACUGAUGCAAAUCCAUGGGCAUUAACAAAAGUUAGAUGGUUUGCUAAUUCAACACUUCUAAAAGAAUUACCAGAUUGUUCAAAUCAAAAUAAUAAUAGUGAGGAUUUGUGUAACAUUGAUCCUAGUAAAUUGCUUUUAGAAAGUGUUGGUCGAGGAUUUGCCUAUAAUUAUUCUUGUGAAGGUUUUAAUACCGCCGGCUGGGGUAAUCGAAGUCAAGAAGUAGAAUUAGUUGUUUUUCAUGAACCAGGACCAGCAAGACUAACAUAUUAUCCAUUAACAGUUGUUAAAAAACAAAGUGUAACAUUUUCAUGUACAGUUGACGUCCUAGGUGUACCGGAAGCAACACAAUAUCGAUGGUUCCGUGGUGGACAAGGACCACUUAUUGAUGUUUACAAAAAGGAUUGGACUAUAGAAUUAGUUGAUUUAGAUAGUCGUACAAAUUUCUCAUGUCUAGCAUAUAAUGAUGGUGGUAAAGGUGAACAGGCAACAGUAACAUUAGAUGUAAAAGCACCACCAUUUUUCAUUAAAAAUUUAUUACCAUAUACUGGUGUAUUAUUUUCAACAAAAAAUGCUUCAUUAACAUGUCGCGUUGAAUGUGUUCCACGUUGUAAAAUCAAUUGGUUUAAAGAUGGUGUCGGUAUAUAUGCCAACGAUACAAGUAAAUAUCAUAUAUAUGAAGAAUAUUUAAAAGAAAAUCCUGCUACAGGAGAUUUUGAAAGUGUUUUAUCUAUAUUGCAUUUCAAUAUGUCAGCAUGGCCAAAUCAACAAUUUGAUAUGCAUUAUGAUAAUGCAAAUUAUUCAUGUGUUGCCUCUGAAAAUGAAGUUGGAGCUGGAGUUCGUAGUGCUACAUAUUUUAGUAUAGAAUACCCACCAGAAAAUACAACUGUUUCGAAUGAAAUUGUGAAUGUGACUGAAAAUACAAUUCCAGCACGUGUUCUUUGUAAUUCAAAAGCGAAUCCAGAGCCAUCUUAUGAAUGGACAUUAGAAGAGAAAAGUUUAGCUCAAGGUAACGCUCUAAUAAUUAAUAAACCAAUGUUAAGAAAUGAAAGUGGUCAUUACAAAUGUAUUGCAUUUAAUAAACAUGGAUCAAGUGAAGCAACAACCUUUGUUAACGUUCAAUAUAAACCACAUUGUGAUAUCGAUAGAAAAAUGAUUGAUGAUCAAGAUACAUUAAUAUGUACAGCCUAUGGUAAUCCUGAUGAGUUUGGUUUCGUGUGGUCUAUUAAAACUGAAAAUGAUUCUGUUGAAGUUAGUUCUGGUUCAAUUGAUGGUGAUAAAGCCUUUUUAGUACUAAAUGAUGAUUUUACAAUUACGCGAACAUAUCGUUGUGUUGCUAACAAUACAAUUGGUGAAGGUCAUAUGUGUGAAAUUGAAGUUGCAGUGCGGCCUAAAAGACAAUUAGCAUGGUGGCAAAGAUGGGAUAGAACAACAUUAAUUAUUGUUAUAGCAGCAGUUAGUGCCAUAUUAUUAGCAGUUAUUAUAAUUUGUUGUAUAAUUAUUUGUAUAUGCAGAAGGCGAAGAAGGCAAGAUAAAUAUACACCAAAUCGAGAGUUUAUGAAGGCAGUUAUUAAACCAUCAAAAAAAACAACAGAAAAACUUAAGCAAGCAUAUAAAAUAUCAUCAUCUACAACACCAAUUAAAUCAACAGCAACAGCUAUAGAAAUUGAUGAAAUUAAACCGUUAGCUACAUCAUCACCUUGUAAAUCAAUAUCAACUAAAAUUUACGAAGAACAAAAUGAAUCAGAUUUACGUAAAGAAUCAUUAAUAUCAACAUCAUCAAUACCAUUAUCAUCACCAACAUCAAUAUCAAAUGUAUCAAAUGAUAUUCCACCAAAAUUACCUAAAAGAAAUAUACCACCAAGACCUCCACCACCAAAAACAACAGUAAAUCAAAUUUCAGCUGGAACAAAAAAUUCCAUUGCAAAUAAUUCACAUUUAGAUGCCAUCAAUAGUUCAAUAAAUUUAACAAAUGAAUUGUUGCCACGUUGUCGUUCAAAUAACAGUGCCACAAAUACAAAUUUUCAACGUAAGGGAAAAAAUAAUUUUGGAACUUCAACAAUAACAAGUCCAACAACAUCAUCAUCAAUAGCAACAAUUGCAUUAGUAAAUCAAUGUGAAUUAGCAAGUGAUGAAGAAUAUGAAGAUGAUACAAUAAGUAUAACAAAAUCACCAAUAGGUGGUGUCAUCAGCCGAAAAGGUAAUAAAAAUGAUCAACAAUCAACUAUAAAUAAUAAUGGUUGUUCUCAAAAUAACAAUAGUAAUACUAACAAUACAAUAGGCGGUUAUAAUUUACCAUCACCACGAAAUAUUGGUGGAAAUCUUUUUGAAAAAAUAUUUGGUGAAAUAUUUUCAAAGCGUAAUUUUAAUAAAAAUAAUAAUCAUAAUGAUGACUUAAAUAGCUUAAAUAGUGAACGUUCUGAAAAUAGAUUAUUACGUUAUUUUGGUAUGUCAAAAGUAUUUAAGAGGCAACGAUUACAGCGUAACGAUUCAUGUUCUUCAUCAAAUCCUUUUACUGUUGAACAUCGUUUAAAAGGUUUACGAUCCUCAGGAAGUGUAGUAACUUAUAAGAAAACGCCUGUAUUAGAACGUGCUGCACAAAAUCAACAAAUAAAUAAAUUUGAAUCUACAGAACAACCAAUUUCAAUUGAUGAUAAUUAUGCUUUAAUUGAAUUAAAUGAACAUGAUAGUUUAACUAGUCAAAGAAGUGGAAUGAAAUUACAUGAGAAAAUACACGACAAGUCGUCUACCUUGGCGGAUCCUUUAACGGAACCUGGAGAGUAUGAGAAUCUGCCGUUCCAUGGCCUUCAACAAGCUCCAAAUAAGUUUACUACGACUCCUAUAAAUUUUAAUAAUAAUACAAAUGUUGUACGUGUCGCACCUCGCCCAAAAUUAACCCAAACUAAUAAUCAUCAUCAGAAAAAUCUUGAUCAAUUUCAUCAAAUAUUUAAUCAACAACAAUUACAACAACAAAAUAUAACAACAAAUAAUCAAAAUAAUUACCAUCAAAAAUCUAUCCAAUUCCCUAAUCAAAAUCAACAUCAAUCCCAACAACAAUUACAUUAUCAAAUUCAACAACAAUAUUCACCAGCUGAUUGUUAUACAAAUUCAUUAAAAUUAAUUCAAAAUAAAACAAAAACGAAAAACUUAAAUUAUGGUUCAAGUACAUUAAAAUUAGAAAAACGUAAACCAAUUGUAGGCGGAACUAUUGAUAAUAAUUUACAAGAUAUUACAAGGGUAACAACAGAUCGUUUUCCAACAAGUUAUACAGAAUAUUUUCAACAACAAAAAUUUUCUGAUAUUAUUUCUUCUGAUAAUCAAAAUAAUUUAAUUGAUCGAACAACAUUAAAUCCAAAUUAUCCAUAUACUGUUGUUGAAAAUGGUAUUAUAACACCAACAUCAACAACAACACAAUUAGCACCACAAUCAUCAACAUCAUCAUCAUCAGUUUCAUCAUCUAGAAUAGUAUUUAAUAAUUCAAAUUCAACGAAUCCAUUUUUAGCAACAAAUUUUCGUAAAUUUCAAAUAAGUACCGGAACACGUCCAGGUUGUGGUACAAUUACCGCAAAUCAUCGUAAAAAACAUCACAGUAAUAAUUCUAGUAAUAAUUCUAUAAUCGGUUCAGGUGAAAAAAAAUUUUAUUCCUUAAAAGCAUUAAAAAAUAAAAAUAAUUUAAGUUUUUCAUCAAUAAAACCUUCAGCACUUUUAUCGAAUUCGAAUAAUAGUAAUAGUAAUAAUAAAUGUAAACGUCAUCAUUCAUUUGCUGGUGGUAGUUUUGCUGAUGUUAUAAAUGGUAUUGAUACAAAUAAUAGUAUUGAUAUAACAGCAAAUAAUUUACCAUAUACAAUGCAGCCAAAAAUAAAAUUUUAUGAACCACCAACAUAUGAAAAUUUAACUGAUUCAAUACAAAUACAUGAAUCACCAAGUGAAAAUUUAAUUCAACAACAAACAUCUGAUAUAAAUACACAAACACAUUUAAAACAACAACAACAACCACAACAACAAUUAAUUAAUACAUCUAAAACAAAAACAUCAAAUAAACAAAAUAAUCAAACAGUAACAACAGGAUCAUCAACAUCAUCAUCAUCAAAAUUAAGUAAUUCAAUUAAUUUAUCAACAUCAUCAACAACAUCAUCUGUUGUUGGUGGUAUUGGUAAUCAAUAUAAUAUUAUACAAAAGCAAAAUCAACAAAAACAUCAACAUCAUCAAACCCAACGCCAGAAAAUGAACGAUGAUAAUACAAAAAAACAUUUAAUGGAACCCGAACGUAUGAGCAUAUAUCGUAGUGAUUCUGGUAUAUCAAAUAGCUCAUAUGAAUGUGUUACACCAAUUGCACCACCACGCCAAUAUAAUUUAUUGGAUGAUGAUAUUAUUGAUACAACAAUAUGUAUUAAUAAUAAAAAUGAUAAUGAUGAUAAUGAUAUAGAUAAUGAUAUUAUAAAUAAUCAUCAUCAUUUUGGUGAUGCAAUUGAUAAAUGUAACCCGGAUGUUACAAAAACUAAUCGAAUCGAUAAAUUAUAUAAUAGUGCUAUUAAUUCAACAACAUCAACAACAUCAACAAAUUUAUCAUCAUAUAAUAAUUCAAUAAAUAAUCGUAAAUUAUUAGAAAAUGAUUUUGAUCGUUUACAUAAUGAUACAAAUAAUAGUACAUAUAAUAAUUCCUUAUUAAAUCCUGAAUUAUCCCAUCUCUACCUCAAUAAUCCCAAUAAAAGUCAAUACACAUCGAAUUCAACUAAUCAAAAAAAUUCAAUAGCUGAUACAAUAAAUGUAGUAAAUACUAAUAAUGAUUUUACAACUACUGCUUCUAAUAUAAUAAAUGCAACUAAUAAAACUAAUAAUAUUAUGCAUGAUGGUUUAUCAGUAAAGUGCCAAAAUAAAAAGAAUGACCAACAUGAACAACGACAACACAAUCAAAAGAAACCAAUAACAAUUACAACAUCAAAUACAUCAAUUAAUACUAUUGAUAAUAGUCGAUCAAAUAUAAUAAUUAAUAGCAGUAAUAAAAUUGGUAGUAAACGACGUACGAAUACAGCAUCACCCUUAGCGAAUUCAUCUUAUAAUGGUACAGCAAAUAUAGUUGGUCAUGAGCAGCGUAGCAUAAAUACUAACCCCUUUCUAGUAACAUCCCCAAGUACAACAUCCUCAUCAUCAUCAUCUGGUUGUAUCAGUAAUAAUAGCAUCAAUGAUAAAGGUAGCAGUAGCUUCUUUAGCAGUACAUCAAGUCAAAGUGAUGAAUUCAAGUCAUCUUCAACAAUAUCCCCUUCAUCAACAUCAUCUUUUGCAUCAACAGUACGUGAAGGUUUUACCUCUUCUUGUGAUGGAAUUCAAGCAUCUUCAUCAAUAACACCAAUAUCAUCAAUAAAUAAAUAUAAGAAAUUGAAAUCGUCUCAAAUCCAAUAUCAACCCAACGAAAGUUAUAUUGAAAGUAUAACAGAGAAAGAAAAUUCUGAUGCUGAAUCUUCAAUAAUAACAUCAAAAUCUCUAAAUGCAAAAUAUCAACUAAAAAAUAGAAUAAUUAAUAAUGAUUUUCAACAAAAAGAAAAAUCAUCAUCAUCAUUAUCAUUAUCAAUUAAGGAUAUUGUUACACAAAACGAAACCACUAGUAAUCGUUUACUAUCAAAUGACAUACUAAAUACAAAACAUGCAACACAAAUAAAUAAUAAAUUUUAUGAAAUGAUUAAAAAUCGUUAUCCCGGUUACAUAACUAAAUCAAUUAAACAAAUACCCUUACGUAAACAUCAUAGUUUUCAUUUCCAACAAUACUAUCCAAAUCCUAAUACAAUGCUAGGUCAAUUAAAACUGCAUCAAAUACAAAAAGAACAAGCAAAAGCUGCAGCUGUUGCAUUACAAACAUCAUCAUUUGAUUCGACAAUAUUAAGAGAUGCCAGUAAUAUUAAAAAUAUUUAUAAACAGGUUGGUGGACCAUUAAUUUAUCGACCAUUUUUAAAUGAAAAUACAGCAUUUAAACCGAUUUCACCAGUUAAUAGAACAAAAUUUUCAACAACAUUUCCAACCACCAAUUAUUUAAGUGACAGUGAAUCAAAUUGUUAUCGCUAUCAAUAUAAUAGUAAUGCUACAGAAACAGAAGAAGAAUCAUUAAAUUUCGAAAGAAUACAUAAUCGAUAUCCUAUAGUUAGUUUAAAACGUCAUGCAUCAAAUAUAGAAUCAUAUGAUAGUAAACGUUAUUCAACAUAUUAUGAAAAUUCUAGAGAAAAUUCACCAUGUACAGAAGAAAAGAUUAUAUCCGAACAAGCACAUAAUCAAAUGAAUUUUAUUGAAAAUAAAGAAAAUCACCAUUCUUUAUCUGAAUUAGAAGAUGAUGAUGAUAAUGAUAGAGAUGAUGAUGAAAUAUUUAUGCAACAUGAUGAUGAUGCUAAUUCAUCUGCAUCAAAUAGUACAAUUGUUGGGAAACGUUUAAUUUAUGUUGAUUUUGAUAUUGUUUCAACAACAAAAUCUGAUAAUAAUUGUUAUCAAUCAAAUCAACAUGAAAAUGAAAAUUAUAAAUCCAACGAAUUUAAUAAUGAAACCCCUAAUAAUGAAGAACAAUCAAUAAAUUCUAAUGAUAAUUAUUGUGAUAAUAAUCAACAAAAUAAUGUUGAUAACUGUGAAAAAAAUUAUUAUUUAAAAAAAAAUUCAAGUAAUGAUCAAGAAUUAUCAAAAAUCAAAUCAAAAUCUGAUGAUUUAUUUCAUAAAAAUUCUAUUCAAAAUAAAAAAUCAACAAUAAAAUUAAUAAAAUCAUCUUUAGAAAAUAAAGAUGAAACAGAUCAAGAAAAUAAAUUGAAAUCAAAUGAAAUUGAAAAAAUACAAAAAGAUGAAAUUAAUAAAGAAGUUGAUGAAGAAGUUGAAGAUAUUUGUGAAACAUCAAGUAUUACUGGCAUAAUAUUAGCAAAACCACCAACAAAACGUAAUACACAGUAUGCAACACUGAAAUAUAAUGAAGUCAAAAUAUAAGGCUGAAACAAUGGAAACAAAUUAGGAAAAAAAAUAAAUUUAUUCAUAUUGAAAAUAUUUUUUUUUUGUUUUUUGUUAAUAAAAUAUUAAAAAAUUUUAAUUUAACACUGAAAUGAAAUUGUAAACUCAAAUAAUAUUUUAUUAUACAAAGGACAUUAUGCGCUUGUUGUCGAGAUAUCACUGUUCCUCAUAUUAGAAAAUUUUAAUCAAAAAUAAUUGUUUAGAUACAUUUUUAUUUAAGUAUCCAUCUCUAAUGUCAGAUUUGAUUUUCAAUUCUUUUUAAUUCGCUAAACCAAAUUUUUAUUUCAAUACCUAACCGGAAUUAUUUAUUAAACACGAACGCUUCCGAAGUCAUUUCCGAACUCUAUACAUUUUUGUCAUUAAUAUGACAGUUAACGAUUUGAAUUAUAAUCUUUGGCGUUUAGUUAAGAAAUUAUUCAAUUUUUAUAUGAUAAAUUUUCAUGUUCAAUUAAAUUAUAUAAAAGUUGUGCCAACAAUAAUUAUUUUUGAUUAAUAAAAAUUUUUAAGCCAACAGGAAAAUAAUAGAUUUGGCGGCAGACGCGUAUGCCUUUUAUAAUAUUAUAUAAAAAACAUUAUUGUAUAUAUAUUUACAACAGAAUAUAUUAUGUAUAUACGAUAUGUAUAUAAUACAGUAGAAUCAAAACAUUUAUAACAAUAGAAUUAAAUUUAAUUUUUUUUUUUUUAAUGAUUUAUUUAUUAAUUUCAAUUAAUUAAUUUUAUAUUAUAAGAAAAAUAUUCACUAUUUCUAUGUACAUAUUUGUAUUAUAAUUAUUUUGUAUAUAUUCUAUAAUAAAUUAAUAAAGUGUAAACCUUUA